CAUCGUACCAAGGUCGUCCUGGACAGUACGAUUUGCAAAAGGAAUUUACGAUCAUCGAGUUUAUCAUAUUGGAGUUUUAUAAAAAUUUUUAUCGUUGUCACUGUUGUUGCUAAAUUCAUAAAAAUCAGUUGAGGAUUUUGAAAAAAAAUUCUUUUGUUCUUUUUUUCAUUUCUUUUCUUUUCUGGUGGUUGCAGGGAAAGAUAUAACGACGAUUGUUGUUCGUACUUCGUAAUAAAAAAUAAGAAAAAAUAUAUAUAUAUAUACGUACGAAAUGAAGUUAGGCUACUUGCUCGUUUUAUUUUACCUUGGGGUUAGUAUGGCCACGAGAAGAAGCAGAUCAACAACGUCUGCGACUGGAGUAACGUCUACGACAUUGAAGAAUGACGAUGAACUGAGCUAUCCAGAAUCAAGUGAAGAAUUGGAACAUCCAUGGGACAGUAUAAAGUUACAGAAAUUAGAUGGUCGAUCGAAUGUUUGGUCGAACGAUCAUAAUACUACCGUCGAUAAUACCGUCAUUAUUAGCCGCGAUAAUGGUGGAAUAAUCGAGGGAAAACAAUAUGGAGAAAUACCGAAUCCAAUUUCCAUACCAAAUCCAAUUUCGCCUACUUACGCGCCGUCCUCUCGUCCACCUUUGCCGUCCGGUUGUUUGGCCUCUAGAGGACAAUUUUCAAGUGAGAAAAAUUGUGCUAAUUAUUUGAAUUGUUGGGACGACGUUGUCAUUGAACAAACAUGUCCGAAUGGAUUGUUAUUCAAUGACUUUACCAAUUUCUGCGAUUUCGAUUACAACGUAAAUUGCGGCAAAAGACCACUCCCAACUCCGAAACCGCCAUUACCGCCGGGGUCAAAGUUAUGCCCGGAUACAUACGGACGUUACCGUAGCUCGUUGAACUGCUCGGAAUUCUACGUUUGUCUUGCCAAUAAACCCAUCAAGUUUGGUUGUCCUCGAGGAUUGGUCUACAAUGACGAAUUGGGCGUAUGCGAUUAUCUACGUAACGUCGACUGUAAAGGUAGUGCCACACCAAAACCUCAACAAUCAACGACUCAAUCUUGGUCACAAUCGUCCGUUUCUAUUCAGUAUCCUCCUUCGUAUCCCUCGCAAUCUCCUUACCCGACGCAACAACCAUCUUACAUUCCGCAGCAACCAACAAGACCAAGUUCCCCUUAUCUCGGUAGUUCAUGGGUUAGUAACGUCAACGGUGAAUUAUGGCAGCAACGUUCCGGCAACAAGGAACAGGAAUUAGAAAAGGAGGAUAAAGAAAAGGAUACGGAGUCGAAGAAACCGGAAAUAAUCGAGGAAUUAACAGAAUCUUCGAGUAUAACGAAUCCAUGGACUAUUCUUCAUACGAUACCGGCGUCCAUGAGUAAAAUUCCUUGUACCGAUGGUGAUUUCCAUAAACUCGAUGAAACGUGUACAAGUGUACUCGUCUGUAGAUCUGGUCGACCACAGUUAGUACGGUGCACAACGGGGAUGAUCUACGAUAGAUCUACGGAUUCUUGCAAACCGUUUACGAUUGCUAAAUGCUAACUUAAGAAACAAACUCGAAACUAAACGUUCGUCAAAGGAUUCUCGAAACCAGUGAUGGAACCAUAUCUUUUUUUUGCAAUUUAACGAUCUCGUCAAAAGAAUUUUUAAUGAUUCGUAAUGCGCAUAUACAUGUCAAAUAAAUCGAACGAUUGAUUUAUUACGAAAUAAUAAAUUAACAUUGUAAACUAAGAAAG